AUGAAGAUGAACAAAAAAAUAAUCGUGACUAUCUGUGCAGUCAUAAUUUACGCGAUUCUCUUUGUGUAUGUUACAAAAAAUGUUGCAGGACAAUCGCAAUGUGGAAACUAUUUUCAAUUUUGCAUUCGGUUUUGCUCAGCAGAUACAGAAACCUUUUCAGAUGACUUUCUUUUGGAUGAAUUCCUAAAGAGUGAGUUCGGCAAAAGCUUCAAGAAUCUCAUUGGAUUUAAUUUUAAUGUUUUUCGAGGAUUUCCUGUGUGUGGUGAAUUGAAAUAUUUCCAACUAAGGGAAAAUUCGACGUCGCCGUUCUCUCCUCUUGGCAAUGUUGUUAUGCACUUGAGAAAACAAUAUAACUAUAAAAAAUACUGUCUAGAAAAAUCAGAUGAUGUCCAGCAUGGCUGGAAAAUAAUGAUUUGUCAACGGGAUGUCUACUUCUAUAAAAUAUUUCAUUUCAUAGCAAUAUCCUGCUCAGUGUUACUAUUUGGAUCCAUAAUAUUUGUAUAUUCCUACUUCAAGGAACUUCGAGACUUUCAUGGAAAGUUUACAAUCGUAUUAAUGGUGCCUUUAAUUUGUGCAUAUAUUGUCAUUCCAUUAGCUGUGUUCGAUCACGAUGAACAAAAACUUUUUAGAGGUUAUUUUGGAGUUAUCUUACCUAUGAUUUAUACAACAACAAUGAUGAUGAUUCUACUUUGGAUAACUGCAAUGAUUUUACAUUCGUUCUUGACGUUCAAAAAUUUCAAGCAACAAGUAUUAAAUCAAUACGAUUUCUCAAUAUUUGUCGCAUUUGUUCUUACUUUCAUCAUAUUUUCUGCAUUCUUGUUAGUUUGGGAAAGGAUUUCAGAUGGUAAUAAUAACUUUAUUCUAUAUUUGUGCAUGCUCAAUAAUUUGUUAAUUUUUAAAGAUUCUCGACAGCAUUAUUUGUAUGUGAUUUACUUCUUCAUUGGUUUCAUUGAUAUUAUAUUACUGAUCAUAACUGGAAUCAAAGUGCUUAUUGUCUCCCGACAUCUUACACACUCCGAGCAGCCAAAAUUUGACACUGAGAGGAAAUGGUACUGGAUAACUGUAAAGUUAUCUCUGAUAAUGCUGGUGACUUGGAAAUUUGUGUUCAUCACAUGGGAAGAUAUUAAUUAUCAUUUAUUGACUAACUUCAUAUCAGAUUUUGUGAUGAUUUUUACAGCUGUAAUAAUUUCAAUAAUUUUACUAGGACGGAAACAAGUGAAAAUUUUAUUAUUUGGAAAAUAUCAUGCAAUGUUAAAUGUAGAAGCUUAA